AUGUCGGAGAACCUGAAACAAAAAGGAUCCAAUCUGGACGCGAUGCUGAAGAACCCGAAACAAGAGGGAUCGAAUCCGAGCACGAUGCCAGAGAACCCGAAACAAGAGGGAUCGAAUCCGAGCACGAUUCCGGAGAACCCGAAACAAAAGGGAUCGAAUUCGGGCACGAUUCCAGAGAACCCUAAACAAGAAGGAUCGAAUCCGGACACGAUGCCGGAGAACCCAAAACAAGAGGGAUUGAAUCCGGGCAUGAUGCCGGAGAACCCUAAACAAGAGGGAUCAAAUCCAGGCACGAUGCCGGAGAACCCAAAACAAGAGGGAUCGAAGGGGGUAUGCCCUAGUGUGAGAUUAGAAAAUGCCGACAAACAAGAUAUGAACAACCCAACCAAAAAUAUGGAAAGAAAGGGAGUAUGCUCCUGUAUGACAACUCACAAACGUGACCAAAGGUGCAAAGAAGGGGUUAUGCCCCAGUAUAAGGCAUGA